CACUCGAUCCCGUGUCUCGCAUACAGUGUAGGCUGUGUGUGUGACACAAGACGCGCGGCCCUCUGCGAAGCCGCGUCCUUUGCAUUACUCGCGCCAUUCCGCGCAAUUACGCACAAACUAUGGGACCCGGAGCGGGGAGUAGUAAUAGUCGGCCUUGUUCUGAAGGUGUCAUGGCAAACAACUUUAACCUUCUGCGGUAAUUGAAACCUCUGCUGAAGUCGCGUCUAUUUCAUUUUUUUUGCCUUUUGUCCUUUUUCUUUUCACAAAAACCUGGGAAUAUUCGAGUGUCAAGGUCUCAGACGGGGGUUGGGGGGCGGGGGGCUGCUGCUGCUUCUGCUGCUUGUCCGUGGAUUUCCAGGCAGGCAUGGCCACUGCAAGGCUUGAUUAUGUUGCUCCGUGGUGGACGUAUUGGCUGCACAAUUUCCCGCACUUCAAUUUCUUUUUCCAGUCGGUCGACAGCACUUUCCGACCGGUGGAGGCGAGCUAUCAGCAGUCGCUGAUGUUUCUGGCAUGUAUUGGUGCAGUGGGUCUCGGGCUGAGCCUCCUUAUUCUGGCUGUAUACCUGGUCUGCCUCUGCUGCUGCCGCAAGGACAUAGACGAAGACACCAAAAGACCCGACUCCCGCUGUGUCACCUGGGUUGCUGUCGUCACAGGGCUCGUCAUUUGUUCUGGUGUCGGAGUCGGUUUCUAUGGUAACAGUGAGACCAACGAUGGGGUGUACCAGCUGACCUACUCACUCUACAGUGCCAAUCACACAUUGGGUGGCAUCAAUAAUCUGGUUGCAGGAUCUAUGGGUAAUGUGGAAACUGGACUCAAGCAGCACCUGGAACGGCUGGAUGAGAUCUUUUCUACAAGAUCUGACUACCUCCAGGCUCUGCGCUUCAUGCAGCUGAUGGUAAACAACGUGAUCCGCGAGCUGACUGCUCUGCCAGACAUCAGCAAAGCCAAUGUUGACUUGGCAGCUGUGGCCGACCAAACAGCCUCCAUUGAGUAUUACAGAUGGCUGACCUAUCUGCUGCUGCUGAUCCUGGAUCUGGUCAUCUGCCUGACCUUGUGCGUGGGGAUGGCCAAGCAAUCCCGAUGGCUGCUUAUCACGGUCAUGACCUUUGUGAUGCUGUCUCUGAUCCUGAGCUGGGCCUCACUGGGAGCAGGCACUGCCACAGCUGUGGGCACCAGUGACUUCUGUGUGUCUCCAGACAAGUUCAUCGUCAACCAGACCACUGAUUCCCUCAGUGCAGAUGUUGCACACUAUUAUUUGUUCUGCAGUCCGAAUCUACCAAACCCCUUCCAGCAGUCUUUGACGGUCUGCCAGCGCUCUCUGACCACCAUGCAAAUCCAGAUCCAGGGCUUGCUGCAGUUCUCGGUGCCCGUCUUUCCCACCGCUGAGAGAGACCUGUUGGGGAUCCAGCGACUCUUGAACUCCACUGAGUUCAGUCUGCACCAGCUGACAGCCUUGCUUGACUGCCGCGGGCUGCACAAGGACUAUGUGGAUGCCCUCAUGGGUGUGUGCUAUGAUGGGGUGGAAGGGCUCCUCUACCUCUCUUUGUUUUCCCUGCUGGCUGCCUGCGCUCUCUCUGGCGUGCUGUGUGCGACUUUCCAAAUGUGGACACAAUUGGGCAGCAGGGACAAAGAGUACGAUGACAUAGACGAGGAGGACCCGUUCAACCCACAGGCACGGAGGAUGUCUUACAACCCCAGAAGGUCCAACAUCCACAGUUUCUGUAGCUAUACCAGCAACCUCAGCAGCCAGUCCAGCCUUAACCCACCUCCACAAUCUUCUGCUUCUAAUCCCAUGCCACCCCCUGAAUACAUGAAUCAGUCCAUGCUGUUUGGAGGGAGCCCCCGAUACGAGAACGUGCCACUGAUAGGGAGAGGAUCCCCGCCUCCCUCGUAUUCGCCCAGUAUGAGGACCACCUAUCUGUCUAUGACUGAUGCCCAGAUCAGACACUUCGGGACUGACUUCCAGGUGUAGUCUGCUGCCCGCUGAAUCCAUCGUCAGAGAAGCACUGUAUGAGACUCUGAGUUCUUACCGCGAGGAGACUGUCUUCGUGGCGCAAUCCUGUUUACGGGAGCAACAACCCGCCGCCCCACUCCCGAGACAUGAAAGCAGGACACGAGACAAUUACCAGUGCUCACCAGUGCAGCGCUCUGAAAGCCCUGCAUGCGGUUUUGAACAGAGGGGGCCUGCAGGGGAUCAUUGCAAGACUGUUAUUGUUGUCAAGAUGUGUGGAUAUGUUGUCAUUUCUUUGAGCCAAAGUACGAGCCUUUUUUAACAGAACAGUCCAACGACUGCUUUUGCUUUUCAUAUAUUCUGGUGGCCUGCAUAGAUGUGAUCAACAUGUGGAGUAUUUUGAUAUGAGAUGAGAUGAGAUGACCGAUUUAUGACUAAUACUCAGACUGCACGUCGUGGCGUUUGAUUUCUGAAAGAUCCCUUUUGUUUGGCAGUAAUUUAAUUCCUUCGUAUUUCCGGCCUUUGUUUAAGAUAUCAGUGAAAACCACACCAGAAAUUGAAGUUGUGCCGUGAACAGACAAAGAUGGCACCCAGCUGAUAUAUUUUUUAAAAAGUUUCUUGCCACAAUUUGGACCUAUUUGUUCUUGCUGUAACACUGGGUUAAAAUUGUAUGACCUGCUUGUCAAGGAUGAGUCAAAUAUUCUUACUGUGGGGUUUCACAUUUUGUUUUUAUAUUUGAAGACUGUACUGCAGCUGCAUGUGGGACUUUUCCCUUGGACCAGAUGAGCACAGCAGAAUGGGAUUUAAUUCAAAUCCAGGUCUUUAUAACUCUGCUGUGAUACAAUGACAACAAAACUGUCAGGACUAACAUGUACUGUGUGGUAAUUACACUCCAUUUUCAAGUACUCAAUAGCAUUUACAACACCCAGUGCCACUAGUUACAGUCAGCUGGAAAGAAAUGAAUCGACGUGGCUGGAGAACUCUGCUGUAUGCUGCUUCCUGUGUUGGAUGACAUAUCAAAACAAAAAUAAUGUUUUACCAUAAAAUGUUAGAUGCAGA